CUUUCGUACAACCUGUUCUCGUUUUCUUCUCCAACCUGAACGUCGACGGUACAUUUUAAGAAUCAUUUGUACUUUAUUGCAGAACAGAAAGUGUUCAGCAACACAGAAUUUAAGACCAUUUUGAACCAGGAAGUGUUGUAAGUGAGCAUGGCUUCCCGACUGGGUGACAGUUUGAUCGACCUGGCGAUUUGUUCAAUUUGUCAAAAUUUUUUCAACAACCCAGUCACGCUGGGUUGUGGACACAAUUUCUGCCGCUCUUGUAUCGAAAAUCAGAACGUAAACUUCUGCCCAGAAUGUAAUGAGAAGGUUCCGCGAAGAAGGCUCUCAGUAAAUCGGAGUGUAUUGAGUCUGGCAGAUAAAGCUCGGAAAGUAAAGGAAACUCUAGCAGAGAAGGAAAGUAAACGUCACUGUGAGGAACACAAGGAGGAACUGAAGUUAUUUUGUGAAACUGACAAGGCUUUGAUCUGUGUGAUGUGCAUUGCUACGCCGGAACACAGAGGGCACCCAUUCAUCCCGAUUACUCAAGCUGUUGAAAUCUUCCAAGCUCAGCUCGAAUCUGCUUUAGAUUCGCUCACAGAGAAGAAAGCGGAGGUUCUGGAGACAGAACAGAGCCAGAAACGGAAUAUUUCCGAAGUGAGGGAACAGGCGAGAAGCCUGCAGACCCACAUCACAUCCGAGUUCACUAAAAUGCACCAGAUUCUCACUGAGAAAGAGCAGCGUUUACUCAGAGAUCUCAGGGAAGAAGAGGCGAGGACUGUCGAACCAAUGGAGAAAAAUCUUCGAAAGAUUCAGGACAAAUUAAACUCUAUUGAGGAGAAACUCUUAAAGUUACAGAAACAAAUGAAGCAAAAAGAUGAGGUGAUAUUUCUGAAGGAGGAAGUUUGUUGGAAAAGAAGUAGUGAAUACUGUGAUAUACUGUCGGUGGCAAAUGAGGCACUGUCCAUUGAACAGUUCAAAGGUCCUCUGCAGUACACAGCAUGGAGAGAAAUGAUCAUGUUUAUUGACUCAGCUCCAGCCUCCCUGACUCUGGAUCCAAGCACCGCGCAUCCCCAGCUCGUCCUGUCCGAGGACCGGACCAGUGUGAGACUCAGAAGCAGAAGGCAGAUGCUCCCUGAAUCCCCAGAGAGGUUUGAUUCCUGGCCCUUUGUCCUGGGAUCAGAGGGAUUCACAUCAGGCAGACAUUACUGGGAGGUGGAGGUGGGAGAGGGGACACAGUGGGGGGUGGGAGUAGCCCGAGAGUCUGUGGAGAGGAAGGAAACAAUUGUCCCGAAAGUGGAGACCGGAUUCUGGAUUGUGGGGCAAGAAGCCAGAGGAAGCUAUCGUGACAGAGUCUCCAAUUCGCAGACCCCAACCUCCGGAAGUGCACAGCCCCGGAAGAUCGGGGUUUUCCUCGACUAUGAGGGUGGACAGGUAUCAUUUUACAAUGCGGAUAAUAUGUCCCAUCUCCACACUUUCACCCACACGUUCACUGAGAAAAUCUUUCCCUUCUUUUGUCCCGGAUUGAUAUAUGGUGGGAAGAACUCCGCCCCGUUGACAAUCUGCGGGAUUAAAGGGCACUGACUGAUCCACCCCAUAAUUUCACCCGGCUUGCCGGCAUCCUACCAGCUGUAAACUAAUGCGGAUCGGCCUCAGUCACAGGUGGAGACAGAAGCCAAGUGAACAUCCCAGGAAUAAACGCUGUAUCGGAACUGGGGACUGAAAGAUCAGCAAGGAGCUCUGAGGGGCUGGAGGAAAGAAGGAGGGGUGAGAAGAAACAAAUUAAAGGUCAAUUGGAGAGAGAGAGAGAGAGAGGGAAUGAGCUAUGAGCUGCAGGAUCCCGAGGACCUUCCUGCCCGCAGUGUUACUCCGCAGGCAGAAAGUGGCAUGUUUGAGAUUUAUCACUACUAACGCUCUGCUGCCCGUGACUGUUAUCACUGUGCUUUAUUUAAUUCAUUAAAAUCAAUCAUCUAGUUAGGCCAUGUCAUAACACGCCUGGAAGCGAAUCAUGUGGUCCAGAGAUACUACCACUGGGCCACAGGCCGACACUUAAUUUCAUCCCAGAAGCCUAAAAAAAAUCUUCAUUUGCCCAAUACACCACUUAAAAUGGUUGGUUGACCUCAUCUUAAGGGUCCCCACUCCCCUGACCCACAACCCGCUGUAAUCAGAGUAAUACUCUGCAGAAACUGACGCUAAGAUUCACCACACUUUGAAUGUAAAACAGCCGGAAAUGAUGGACCCUGUUAUCCUGAUAUGUGUACCAGAUCCUACCUUCACCCGGUCGGGAAAACAGCCUCUCAGAGACCAGUUGUCAACGCCGGAUCAGUUGUGAAAAUCCUUCUGAAUAACAACCUUGCACGUUUCGUCCGAUAAUGUCUUAUUCUACUAAAUUUGAGAGCCACAGCCAGAUACAGUCAGGUUUUAAUCAGAGCAUGAUCCUCCAAUUCCGCCAGCCAAUCAAAUUCACGUCUAUUGUACCAGUUGAUGGAUUCUUUCUGCAGUGGUUUUGAUAAAUUGAUUGUUGCAUUCGAAGCUGUGAUUCAUACACAUUAACAUUUUUUUAAAAAACAGUCAACAUGAAUAACAUUUACAAAUUUCUAAUCAUAUCUGAUAUUCCAGACAGGGUGGCACAUUUACUGAAAUCUGACAAGGCCUUUGAGGAAUAUAAAGGAACCAGAAUAUAAUUUAAUCGAGGAAUUACGGGCGCUGAAAGGAGGCCAUGAAGUGUACUUGGCAAGAAGGAUUAAAGAGAAUUCCAAAUCUUUUUACCCAUAUAUUAGGAGAAAGAGGGUAGCUAUGAAUAGGGCAUAUCCACUCAAGGGCACAGCAGGUAAUUUAUGCAUGGAGCCGGAGGAACUCAUUGAUAUCCUUAAUAACUACUUCAUGUCAGUAUUCAUCAAAGAGAGGAACAUAAAUGAUGGUAAGAUUAGGGAGGUAUAUGUUGAUAUUCUAGGCCAUAUUGAUAUUAAGAAGGAGGAGGCGUUGGGUGCCUUGAAAAACAUUGAGGAAGAUAAAUCAGUAGGGUCUGGUGGGAUCCAUCCCAGGAUCAGGGGAGCAUGUAAGGGGAUCUCUGCAACUUUAACAAAAAUCUUUGUAGUCUCUUUAGAACAGGCAAGAUCUCAGAAGACUGGAGAAUAGCCAAUGUUUUUCCUGUGUUUACAAAGGGCAACAGGAAUAAUCCAGAAAAUUAUAGGCCGGUGAAUCUUAGAUCAAUGGCAGGGAAAUUAUUGGAGAAUAUUCUUAAGGAUAGGGUUUGCUUGCAUUUUUUCUUUAUUCAUUCAUGGAAUGAGGGUGUCUCAGGCCAGGCAGCAUUUAUUGUUCAUCCCUAAUUGCCCAGAGGGCAGUUAAAAGUUAAGCACUUUGCAAAGUAAUGUACUUAUUAGGAAUACCGAGCAUGGUUUUGUAUGUGGGAGGCCUUGUCUCACAAAUUUGAUUGAGCUUGUUGAGGAAGUGAUCAAGAUUAUUGGUGAGAGUAGGGAAGUGGAUGUUGUCUGUAUGGACUUUACUAAAGCAUUUGACAACGUCCCUCACAGUAGGCUGGUCUAGAUGAUGAAAUCACUUGGGACCCACACUGAAUUUGUAAGUCAGAUACAAAAUUGUCUUGGUCACAAGAAACAGAGUAUAGUUGUGGAGAGGUGUAUUUCUGCCUGGAGUCCCAUGGCCAGUGGUGUUCCAUGAGGAUUAAUCUGGGACGUUGGCUGCUUGUAAUAUAUAUAAAUGAUUUGGAUGAAAAUGAAGAGGGUCUGAUUCAUAAGUUUUCAGAUGACUUGAACAUUUGUGGAGUUGUGUAUAUUGAGGAAAGUUGUCAAAGGAUACAGAAGGAUAUAGAUCAGUUGGAAAGUUGGGCAGAGAAAUGGCAGGUGGAGUUUAUUUUGGAUAAGUGAGAGGUGAUGCAUUUUGUGAGGUAAAAUGCAAGUGGAAAGUAUACAAUACAAUAAAUUAAGAGUAUUCAAAUUUAGGGCUGCAAGUCCAUACCUCUGUGAAAUUGGCAACACGUGCGAAUAAAAUGGUAAAGGAGGGGUAUGGCAUGCUUGCCUUCUUUGAUCAGGGCAUUGAGUAUAAAAGUUGGCAAGUUGUGUUGCAGCUGUUUAAACCUUUACACAGGCAGCAUUUGGAGUAUUGCAUGCAGUUCUGGUCACCACACCACAGGAAGGAUCAUGAAGGCCUCGGAAAGAGUACAAAAGAGGUCCUCCAUUAGCUAUAAGGAAAAGUUGGACAAACUUGAAUUGUUUUCAACUGGGUAUUGGAGGCUGUUGGGUGGCCAGAUAGAAGUAUGCAAAACUAAAGCUGAUAUGGAUAGGGUGGAUAGUCAGAGUCUUUUUCACAGGUUGAAAAUGCUAAGUAAAAGGAGAAAGUGGGAAAGUUUAAAGAAGAUGUUUGAGGCCGGCUUUUUGCACUGAAGGUAGAUACCUGGAACAUGCUGCCAUGGGAAGAGGUAAAAGCAGAUACACUAGCAAAGUUUAAGAAGCUUUUGAGCAGAUGCAUGAACAGGAAAAAAGUAGAGGGACAUGGACCAUGUACAAGGGGACAGGAUUGGUUUAGAAUAUCAGUACAGAUAUGAUGGGCCAAAGCGUUUGUCCCAUGCUGCAGUGUUCUAUGUUCUACAUUCUAUUUUGUGGAUUUUCUCCUUAAAUGAGAAAAUAGGAAAUAAUAUAUUUCCCUACCAGUAUAACCAAUGUCUAUUACAAAUUUCCACAUUCUUUAGGUGUGGAUGCUUUAAAUGUUGUCAGAGAUAAAUAGCCUUCUGCUCUGUUUAUCAGAAAUGCACUAAUAGUUCUGGAUGGAAGUUUGCUUGCUGAGCUGGAAGGUUAGUUUUCAGACGUUUCGUCACUAUUCUAGGUAACAUCAUCACUGAGCCUCUGGUGAAGCGCUGGUGUUAUGCCCUGCUUUCUAUUUAUGUGUUUUUGUGUAACUUUUUAUGUAACUUACAUCCAGAACCUCAACCUGAGCUACAAAUCUUCUCAAAACUCGCUAUGCACUAAUAGUGUAAAAAUGAAUCAUUUAAUAGCAAAAAAUAAAAUUUAUGCUUCAUUACCACUAUAUUAAUAUGUUGGUUAG